CGACACAGAAUUCCUAUGACAUCAGACAUACGCACGCUUUGGGGUCCUUCAGCUGAAUGGUUGAAGCGCCUAAUUUCUGUAUUAUAUUAUUUGAAAUGUCAGUAUUUGUAUCGCUCGUGGAUUAAGUUAUAUUUAUUGAUUCACCUUAUUGAUUUGAUUAAAGUGGGUGGUAAUGGAGGAGGUAGAUGUGGAGCCAACAACUACUCCUAUCCCUGGGUUCGACAGCAACCAAAAACACUUGGGAUUUGUGUGGGGUCCUGGAGAUAUCCUGGUUUAUGAGACCAUUUACAAAGCAUCAGGUGGAUCUGCAGGGGGUUGUCCCUUUGUCCAUGAGGUCAGGAAAGAUGAGGACAUCUAUUCCCCUAUUUUGCGUAAACUCUUCAAUGAGUCCCAUCACAUCUUUGUUGGUCUGCAGAGGAUCAGAGAGGAUCUGCCCAGCAAGAACAAGAAACCCCAGUUCGUCAGUAUUAGCAAGAACUACAGGUCCGUGAUUCGAGCAUGCAUGGAGGAACUCCAGCAAGUCGCAGUUUCUACACAAGAUGCAGCAUUGGCUACACAGUAUGGAAAUCAGGUGUCAAUCCUGCUGGCAGUAGAGCUGAUCUGGAAUCUUUGUGAAGUGUUGUUCAUCGAUGCAGCUCCAGCUGGCUCCCUGGUGCUCCACCUGCUCGACUGGGUGAGGCUGCACAAGGCUGACGUGGAUGAGAAGGCCAGGGAGGUGCUGGCGAGUGAGAGCCCCGCAGAGCACCAGGCCUACUGGGACGUGGUGAUCAGCUACGUGCUGCAGGGCCGGAUGGACGAGGCCAGGCAGGUUCUGGUGAAACAGGCAGCUUUGCAGCCUGCAGCCAGGGUCAUGUUCAAGCGCUGGACAACCUGCUCAUGA